UCAAUUCCACUGCAUAAGUAUAUACCACAAGCACGCGUCGGCUUCACCAGGGUUCAAGCUGCAGUUCAAGCGGAGUUCAUGUCUUGUGGAUAAUGCACGCCGCCACGAGUACGAUGUUUGUGUCACUGCUGUAGUACUCCAAGUCUUAGCAUUGGCGUGGUUGACAAUCUAGUAAGCUACUUCAACACGUUGUGGUUGACUGGGUGAACGGUUUUCGUUACAUGGGGAGUAACAUGUGUUCAAUGUUAGGCUGCAGCGUGUGGAGAUAAAAGUUACUUGAUGGUGGGAGGAAAAAAUGUGACGUCGGGUAAUACCAUCUGGUGAAUGAAACGAGAGCAUGCAUGAAUUUCGUCUGGCAUACUAUUCGUGAAAUACAUCGUACCGCCAGAUUGCAUCGUCAUUACUAUACAUAUUCAGUUAUGUGGCUGGAAAUUCAAGCUAAGAAGGGCUUCGUGGCCGGCUGAGUUCUUGCGCUGUAACCUGAAACAAUUUCUGUAUGAAAAACAAAAGAUAUAACGUCAAGAGAAGUAAGAUCUUAUUCCGUGAAAUCGUUGUGGUGUCGAAAAAAAGAAAUUACAAACCUCAAAAUUACAAACAUAUAAAUUUCGGUAAGCUUUCGGGAGAAAAAUUAAAUAAAAUUCGUUUAAAAAAUUAUCAAUAUAAUCUCCAAGCCACUCUAAUUUGAAAAAUUCAGUUUUCCGAAAAUGCUAAUCGACGUGGAGCGUCCUGCAAUGGACCAAAGCCCUCCGCUAUUGAGUUGAAAAGAGCCUUGAGUGCCAUUGAUAUGACAGAUCCUGAAUACCAGCGGAAUAUCAGAGCUGACGAAAAUGCAGUUAUACUGCAGGAAAUGAGUCGCUCCAUCGUUGUAGCGCCCAGAACGACGGAAAAUCGUGCAGAGUCUGUAACCGAGGAUUCAAAAGCUACUACGGUUAAAAAGAAUCGGAAUGAUUCAGAUCACCAGGUUUCUGGCAACUCUCCAGUCAGUGCGUGGAGGAGGGCUUCGGAAGCGAUAGCAACAAUCUUCAGAAGUGGCCAGCGGUCGAGUAUCAAUCCACCUAGAAACGAUGACCAAGAGUCCGGUGGUAACUUGACUCCAGAUGUUGUUAUCCAGGAUCCAAAAAACCCCAGCCGUGGUCCCCGGAAUCCGAAUCGCCAAAAAAGAAACAACCAUGAUCCACGACUCGAAGACCUAAGCGCCACCGACAAUCCCUUAAUCCCCGGAUUAAAUCAGAUCAUUUCGCCUCCAGCUAUCCCCAUUUUAAUAUCCACCCUGUCAGAGGAAGAUAGAAUCAUGCGUCUCAAAAUGCCACCUUGCUCGGCUUCUGCCGGUCUCAGAAGGACGUCUGGUUCUUCGGAAUCGAAGAGAUCAGAAGUAAAAGCGUCAGCGGGAAGAGCAAGCUCGAAAGCCGCUCCAAAUAAUGUCAACUACUCUCAGAACAAGACGGAAAAUUUCGAGGAGUUGGAGGGUCAAAUAACCGCGGGCAGUCUUAUCGGUUACAGCUCGAAACUUGAUCGUGGAUUGAGAAGAGUAUCCCGUAAGCCUGAGCCCCUGUCCAAUCCUAAUGCAAAGACGAAGCUGGUGCCGAACCGGAAUCUGCUUCCCGUAGCACUUGAAAAUGCUGGUGGAGCUUUGGGUAUUGGAGGAUUAAGGGAAUCGCCCACUAGGACUAUUCCUCAAGACGACAAGGCUGACAAGCCCCUAGAUCCAAGCUCGAAGUCCAUGAGACAACUUUAUAGCAUGGCUGAUUCGUGGAGUAGCGAUUCUGUCACCAGUCACUCCGACAUUUGUUCCUGUUGUCACAACAAUGAAUUUUGUCCUAUCCAUGGAAAAGCCAAUAUCACCCAAAAAUAAUCAGCGACAGUGAAAAUAAAUAAG